CUAGGAAAAUAGAAAAGGAAAGAAAAAGAGAGAAGGGAAAGGUAAAAGAAACCGUAGCCUCACAAGUCAUUCGAGUUUCAGCCACAACGACCUCUGUAGAGUUUCUUCUCCGGCGAUCCACCAGCUACUCCGGGAACGUUACCGCCCCUUUGCGGCCUCAAACGUCUGUGCACACCUAAUCUGUGAACGCCAACGUCUCAUCCUGGAACGCUCAACACCAUGAGCUUCACGGCCACGUAGACCCACGCUUGAACACUGACCCACGUUGCGACGGGCUUCAGCGACCUUCUUCGGCCUACCACAAGCGUGGAAGGCGCGGGUUGAUUUCUGCCGCAACGACGAGCACCCAGACGCGCGGCCCACUGGCAACGGCUCCUUCAGCAGCGGUGUGUCCGCUCGGCAAAUACUCCAGCAAUUCAGAUCUGUAAACCCAACCUGUUUUUGUGAUUGGAUUUGUGACCCACAACCCGAAGGACCUCGAAUCUGAACACCCAUAUCCUGUGGAUCUGUGAGUUCGAACCUAUUCGAACACAAUCCGGCAUAGACCCAAGCUAUUUUUCUUUCCAGAGGAAACACUUAGCCUGAAGCUUGCAUUUUUUGUCAGUUGUACUCCGUUAAUGGCGUUGUGGUCCUCAUCAUCGUCUCCAAAAGGGAUUGUUGUCACCUUUCCAGUGCUCUUACUCACCGGCUUUGCUGUGAUUCUCUUUUGCUUCUUCUUUAUCUCCAAUCUCUCCUCUUGUUCAUGCCCUGUUACUCCCCGCAUUGUUGUCUCCGGUACUGCAGCCAAUAAUGGAGUCCACAUUGGUGAAGGGGUUCUAACGAACAAGGACGAUGUUGAAUGGGUGAAGGAUCAAAUCAAAGCUAAUGGGCUGCAGAUGCAUGAAAAUGUGCUUCGGAAAGGCAUCAACCCUCGCACUAGGGCUCAACAGCUUGAAGAUCUCAGACAAUUCAAGGGUAUAUCACAUUAUGAGGGACCAGAGGAUCAGAACCGUACAGCAUUUCCAUGCCCUGGUGAGCUUCUGGUUGAAGAGCACCAUAGUAACUAUGGUGAACCGUGGGCAGGUGGGCGAGAUGUGUUUGAAUUCCUAGCCGAGUUCUCUCAUAUAACACCAGAUGCACAUGUUUUGGAGAUUGGAUGUGGCACUCUACGAGUUGGCUUGCAUUUCAUUCGAUACCUUAGGCGUGGACAUUACCAUUGUCUCGAGAGGGAUGAACUCUCUAUGAUGGCUGCCUUCAGGUACGAGCUUCCAUCUCAAGGUCUCUUAAGCAAGCGUCCAUUAAUCGUGAAAGGGGAGGACAUGAACUUCAGUAAAUUUGGCUCUGAAGUUCAUUAUGAUUUAAUAUAUGCUAGUGCUGUGUUCCUUCACAUGCCCGAUAAGCUUGUAUGGGUUGGACUAGAGAGGCUUUCCAACAAAUUAAAGCCAUAUGAUGGGCGAAUUUUUGUGUCCCAUAACAUAAAGUUCUGUUCACGGUUGGGAGGUGAGGAAUGUACGAAGCGUCUCACAAAUUUAGGACUUGAAUAUCUAGGAAAGCGCACACAUGAUAGCUUGCUUUUUAAUCACUACGAAAUCUGGUUUGAGUUCAGACGAUCAAAGCCUUAGUAGUAACAACACACUGUAUCAAUUCGGACCGGGUUCCCAAAAUGUGAGAUGAAUAUAGGAAGAUAUCAGCAGUUUAUAUUUCUAGUCUUGAUGGCUGAGAAUGCCCUUGACAUUUCAACUUCUUGAAUGGUUUGGCCAACCCCAAAGGUUCGUCACUAGAAAGAAGGAAAUGGCUUUUUUUUUUUUUUUUUUUUUUUUUUUUUUUUUUUUUUUUUUUUGGUUAUAGUGCUUACUUGGGCUCUUCUUCCGUGUGCUAAGAUAGCCGAAGGCUUAGAUUUCUUUUUUGUAUGUAAGGCUCCCUUUGUUGUAUGUUCGUUGUGUAAUUUCUAUUCAAUAGUUUGGAUUUUGGAGCAUUUUUUUAAUGCAAAAAAGUUUUUUUUUCA